UCGGUUAAACACCAAAUAAAUACCGUUAAAAUUAUUAACAUCAACGAGGUGUUACUCCACUUCCGGCAGGAAACCCCCGCACCCGCGUCUCACCGGAAGUAAAGGUACUUCCGGUAAGAUGGCGGCGGCUGGGAGACUGGGGUGAAACAUUUUUUCAUAAGAGACCCCACAUUUGAAUUGAGUUACAUUAUCAUUAUUUCUGCAAGUUCAGAACUUUAAGUGAGCUACAGGAAAAAAUGAAGAGUAGAGUGGCACAGAUAAAUCAUGGCUCCAGUUAUGAAAGAAAAGAGAGCCACAGCUCUCGCCGGAGGAGUUCCUCUCCAGAAGACAGUAGGUAUGCAGAGCGUGAGAGGUCUUGGUCCCCUAGAGACAGAAGCUACUCUGAUCACAGCAAGUAUGAUCAAGAAUAUUCAGGAAAGGGGCGUGAUGACAAAACUGUGGAAGCCAGGGGGUGGGGUAGAGAGACUCCCCAAGAGAAGGGGCGAGAGAAGGAAUCUGAUAGAAGGAAACAAAAAAAAUUCCCUUCACCUGAUAGAAAAAGUCCAGAAAGAUCAGUACCCCAGAGCUCACUGGCUCAUGAUGAACCCCCUUCAAAGAAGAGAAAAGAAGAGCUGGAUCCAAUUCUCACCCGCACAGGUGGCGCAUACAUUCCUCCAGCAAAGCUCAGGAUGAUGCAGGAACAAAUUACUGAUAAAAAUAGCUUAGCAUAUCAAAGGAUGAGUUGGGAAGCCCUGAAGAAGUCAAUCAACGGUCUUGUCAAUAAGGUGAAUGUUUCUAAUAUAGAAAAUAUCAUCCAUGAACUUCUUCAAGAAAAUAUUGUCAGAGGAAGGGGACUGCUGUCUAGAUCAAUUUUGCAAGCACAAAGUGCCUCUCCAAUCUUUACACACGUUUAUGCAGCAGUUGUAGCAAUUAUCAAUUCAAAGUUUCCAAAUAUUGGAGAACUGAUUCUCAAGAGGCUAAUUCUAAAUUUUCGCAAAGGAUAUCGCAGAAAUGAUAAGCAACUUUGUCUGACAGCUUCAAAGUUUGUUGCACAUCUAAUCAAUCAGAAUGUGGCUCAUGAGGUUUUAUGUUUGGAGAUGCUCACGUUGCUUCUUGAAAGACCAACAGAUGACAGUAUUGAAGUAGCAAUUGGAUUUCUGAAGGAAUGUGGACUCAAAUUAACUGAAGUUUCUCCUAGAGGUAUUAAUGCAAUCUUUGACCGCCUUCGCCACGUUCUUCACGAAUCUAAAAUUGACAUGCGCGUUCAGUACAUGAUAGAAGUUAUGUUUGCUGUACGUAAGGAUGGAUUCAAGGAUCACCCAAUCAUUCCAGAGGGACUAGACCUAGUAGAAGAAGAGGAUCAGUUUACUCAUAUGCUACCUUUAGAAGAUGAUUAUAACCCAGAAGAUGUUCUUAAUGUUUUCAAGAUGGAUCCUGACUUCAUGGAAAAUGAAGAGAAGUACAAAACCCUUAAGAAGGAAAUUCUUGAUGAAGGCGAUAGUGACUCAGAAACAGAUCAAGAUGCUGGAAGCAGUGAAGAGGAUGAAGAAGAGGAUGAAGAGGAUGAAGAAGGACAAAAGGUGACGAUCCAUGACCAAACCGAAAUUAACCUGGUCUCCUUUCGUCGUACAAUUUAUCUUGCUAUUCAGUCAAGCUUAGACUUUGAAGAAUGUGCUCACAAAUUGCUGAAGAUGGACUUUCCUGACAGUCAAACUAAAGAACUCUGCAACAUGAUCCUUGACUGCUGUGCUCAACAAAGAACAUAUGAGAAAUUCUUUGGUUUACUGGCAGGGCGUUUCUGCAUGUUAAAAAAAGAAUACAUGGAAUCCUUUGAAGCUAUUUUCAAAGAACAGUAUGAUACUAUCCACCGUUUGGAAACAAACAAAUUGAGAAAUGUAGCCAAGAUGUUUGCUCAUCUUCUGUACACAGAUUCACUUCCCUGGAGUGUCCUUGAAUGUAUAGUACUGAGUGAAGAAACUACUACAUCGUCCAGUAGAAUUUUUGUCAAAAUAUUCUUCCAGGAACUUAGUGAAUAUAUGGGACUUCCUAAUCUUAAUGCAAGAUUAAAGGAUGAAACACUGCAACCUUUUUUUGAAGGAUUAUUGCCUCGGGACAACCCAAGAAACACUCGAUUUGCCAUCAAUUUUUUCACUUCCAUUGGUCUUGGAGGACUAACGGAUGAAUUACGGGAACAUCUGAAAAAUGCACCAAAGAUGAUCAUGACACAGAAACAAGAUGUUGAGUCAUCAGAUAGCUCAUCAUCUUCCUCCGAGUCUGACUCCUCAGAUUCCAAUUCUGACAGCAGUAACAGUAGCUCGGGAUCAUCUAGUGGCAGUGACUCCUCUUCUAGCAGUGACUCAGAUGCUGCUAAAGUAAAAAGGAAGAAGAUGCAAAAGAAAAACAAAUCACUGGAUAAAGUUGCCAGGAAAAAACAAGGGAGUAAAAAGAAACUACUUGAAAAGAAAAUAGAAAGGAGACAGCAGGAAGAUAGAUAUGAUAUUGAUAGAAAUUCAGAAAGAAAUGCUGACAGAAAUUUGAGAGACUCAAAUAGGAGAGAUGAUCUAUCUAAAUAUCCCUAUGACAGAGAUGAUGCCGCUGACAGGAACAGUUACCGGAGUGAAAAGGACAGGUAUCAUGAAAGAAAUAUGGAUUUAGAAAAUAAACACGGUAAUUCCAAAAAGAAGAAAGCAGAGAGAACUUCUUCUUUUUCUGAUAAUGAAAAGGACAAACACUGCACUAAAGACAGUGUACAUCACAAUAGGAGAAAAGAGAGGUCAAAAUCUAGAGAAAGAAACCGUAAUAAUUCAAGUCCCAGGGAGGAAGAGGAGCAGAAUCGAUAUCGGAAUGGUGCAGAGAAAUGCCCAGAGAAGUAUAGCAGAUAUUCUGACCAAUGUAGAGAAUCCAGGAAAAAUGAGGACAGACGAAGGGAGAAUUCUCCACGUAGGCGAAAAUAACACUAUGCCACUGAGUUUGAAAUAAAUGCUUUUCUGUGCAGCUAAAACUGUGUAUUUUUAACUCUAUUACUGAACUUUCUUUUUAAAAAGGAGCUUUUGUACAAAGUGCAAGUUUGUAUUUGUAAGGUUCAUUGGCUUUCUUAAGGUUUUCAGUAUUGAAUCUUUUAUAAUCACUGUAUGUGAAGAACCCUUCUGUUAAAUUUCUUCCUUGGAAGAGCAUUUACAUUUGAGAGAGAGAAAAACAGAAGCUUGCUUAUAUUUUGUGAAUAAAAUAGUUAAGAUCUCACUGAAAUGAAUGUUUUUAUCAACUUAACUUCAGAUGUUUCAUAAAUAUUGUGUUUGAGUUAUGGUAUCUGAAAAUGCUCCUUUUUAGUUUUGUUUAGUAGUUGACAAGCAGAGCAGUCAGAUUAUUGUACAGAGAUGUGAAAUUUCAUAUUCCUUUAUAUAUAGAACAUAUGGACAUCCUGCAUAGUUUAUCCUCUUAAGGUGAAAACAGACUAAACAAAUUAAGGAGUCUCAAGUAUUUGCAGAUUACCAUUCGGUAUAAAAACAUGACACUUUCAAAAAGCUGAGCUGAAAUAUUGUAAAAUGUUAUGCUAUGAGUACAGUUUAAAAUGUCAACUGGAACUAUGAGUGACGUCUUCCUAUUUCGGUGAUGCGUCUUCUCAGUGAACUUCAAACCUAAGAGGCAAGGCUCAGAUAAGUGUUAUGUGAGAAUCUUUUUUUCUUCAGUCUUUAUAAACAUAUCAGCGCAGGCAGUGCAGACUGUAUAAGUACAUAACCAACAAUAAAGACCUGUAGUGCAUGUUCUUCAAUUUAGAUUCUCAGUUAAACUUGGGAGCAGAUGUGAGGACAGGCCUCUUAGUAAUCUGAUAUAAUAUAAAUUAUUGGGAUUUUUUCUUAAGACAUUAAAAAGUUGCACCUGUAAACAACACAGUUUGAAGUUUUAGAAACUUGUUUUUAUAUUACUUUUUAAUGUUUUUACUUCUGGAAGAUUUUAGUUUCUUGGACCAGCCUGUCUUAGCUUGCUUAUAAAGAUAUCCCCCACCCCCUCUCAAUUAUUUUUUUUCAACCAGUGAGUUUGAUUGAAGGUCAUACAGCUCUGAUCUCUGUCACUAUAACUACCAAGCCUUAGCAGGACCUUACUCAGUAGGCAUGGGACUAUGUGAAGAAGUAGGUUAUGGUACAGAAGAUGCUCCAAAAUUCCAUCCAGACGUGCCAACAGGAGAAUAAUUAAGUUCACAAAAUGUUAUACCAGACCAGAAAAAGUAGUUGUAGAAACAGUUAGUAUAAAUCUGACAGACCCAAAAUAGCUGAGGCAGUUAGAUAAAUAUAUUAGUCACCUGAGAAAUCAAAAUAACCUGGUAAAUAUGGCUGGGUAAUGAGUAAUACCUAAAGAAAUAGAGGGUUCUUUGAUAUAAGGUGUAUAAAGAAAUAGUGUAGGUAUAUACAAUGGGAGAUUUUUACAAAAGUAACAGUUAAGUCAGUUCUAUAGCUUGCCCUCACUGCUAUAUAAGACUGACUUUUCUCCCUGAACUUUUUUACAGAAUGAACUAAACUGCAAAUUGCUGAGAAUCUGAAAACUUUCAUUUUUCAGUAUUCAGUCUCAACUCUUUCUAUUUUAUUCCCUGUAAUGCCUUGAACUAAGAAUCCCACUGAAAAGGUUAAUUCUGAAAGAAUGCUUGUGACAGAAGAAUUCCAAUUGGUGGUUGUCCAUUGAUUUUCUUUACAUCAACUCUCCACAGUAUGCUGUUGAGUCAUAAUGACCUUUGAUUAUAGUUGUGUUGUACAAGCUUAUUUACUACCACACCAUAUUUUUCCAAAUUUUGCAAUAACGCUUACUCCAUGUUACGGGUCUGCUAACAUUCACAUUAUAAACUCUUUUACAUACUGUGUAUCAGUUAAUAGAGCCUUAAAAAGGCACUUGAAUAAAGGUUAAUACAUAAAACAAAUUUACUCUUUCUUUUUUUUUUUUCUUAAUAACUCUAUUUCUGGCAUAUUUCAAGAAGUGCCAGCCUAAAUUCUGGUAUUUCUAUAAUUUUUUUUUACUGUUUUUGCUAUCGGCAAAAUAAUUUGCUAGAGUAACAUUAGCUAUGGUUGUGGUUACAUACAGUCUGUAUCUGAAAUAAAGAUGGCUUUUACAAAGAGAAAUUCAUUGCUAUUUAACAUAAAUGUGAACAUUUUACAGUCUCUCUCGCAAAAGAUGUAUUUUUUUAAGAAGAUCCUUUGGCUUCAGUUUUGUUCCAGUUUCUUUUUAUGGGAGUAGUUUUCAUAAAUCAUUUCUCUCUACUUUUAAAAUAAACAAGCAGCUUUUAUUAAA